AGCUUGGGAUCAGAGGAGCUUUCAGCUAGGUUGCAACUUUUGCAUGCUGCCACAGAAUGACCUUUACGAAGUUUUUUGGGCUGUUUGCUUUCCUAGUGAUUUCUCUCGAGCUGUGUCUGUGUAGCGAUGUCUUCCAAGCUGGAAAGGUUAAUAUAACUGACACCUCCCAAAACAAUCAUGGUUGCCAGUCUGUCUCGUUCAAAACCCAGUUCCAAGGCUCGGGUGACGUCAGAGUCUUUGUUACUCUUAGCCAUGGCAACAAACAUAUCAAAAUCCACGACCCAGCAGUACUGUGGGUAAAAUCGAUCUCUACGUCAGGAUUUAAGGUUUGUGUUCGCGAGGCAGGAAGUGGUUCAGCAGGUACAUCUGUUAUCAAUUGGCUCGCAUUCCAGGGGUCUCACCAAGGAAUUAAGUCUGGCACCGUGGACUUUGAUGAAUGGACUACACGGACACAGUGCAAACGAGUAUCGAUCACCGAUAACCAAAGUAAUGGUUUCAAGAACAAGCCAAAAGUGUUCAUUACUGUUCAGCAUAAACAUACAGACAGACCUUAUGACUCCAUGAAUCUAUGGCUGGAAAAUGUCAGCAAAAAUAAAUUUAAUGUCUGUAUGAGAGAGUUCAUGGCGUUUGAUGGCAUUCACUCAGACCUCAAAGUGCAUUGGUUUGCAUAUGACGUUCUACCUUCCAACUGGAACUUCACUGAAGAAGGAAAGAUUCAUUUCGCCGGAAAUGGGGCGCCAUUACGAAAAAAUAAUUACGCUUUUUGCCAGGAUUUUAAGUUUGAAAACCCAUUUUACGAGCCGCCUACAGUAUUGAUAUCUGGAAGUCCAGAAAACACAACAAGUGCAUUGUGGGGCAACUCAGAAGGUCGUUGUAACAACGCUAUAAACGUUUGGAUAGAGGAGAUCAGCCGGUCAGCGUUUAAAGUCUGUGUCAAGGACAGCCAAGGACUAAGCAAGAAUCAUGACUCAAUAACCGUACAAUAUGCAAUCAUUGGAGACCUUGACCCGUGCAUCAACGUUACAUGCGAUUACUUUGCUGUCUGCAAGGCAUUCGACGCAUUUGACGCCCGUUGCGUGUGCGAAGAAAACUGCCCUUCAUAUGAAGAACAAGUGUGUUCUUCUAACUCGACUACGUUCAAAAACAAGUGCAUGUUUGAGCUGGAUAUAUGCAGACUGAAGAGCAACCACACUCUGUAUCAUCCAGGAAGUUGUACGGGUUUUCCUGUUCAGAGAGGAAGAGUUGAGCUGAAGAGAGAUGUUUCCUGGGCUGAAACAGCUUGCGAGUUGGUGACCUUCCCACCAUUUUCGUUUUAUCCCGACAAGGAGGUGCACGUGCAGAUAACUACCAAUCACUGGAACUCCACCAGGAGGAAUUUCGUGCACGAAGCCACCGUCUCGUGGGUGGAAAAUGUCAAUUACCAGAAUUUCAGGGUUUGUGCAACGGCUGCAGGAAGAAAUGACCGUGAUACGAAAGAAUUUGCUUCCGUCGACUGGAUGGCUUACCAAGGAGCUCCAAAUGGAGGUGUAACAGGAAAUACAAAUAUUCCACAAUGGUGGACUGGAACGAAGUGCAUAAAAAUUAGUCUGCCAACGGAUAAAUUUGCUGCUACACCCAUAAUUCUGGUGACAGCAGAUCACGUAACUUCAGCUUACAAGCACGACGCCGCCAGUCUGUGGGUAGAAAAUGCUACCAGUUCUACCUUUUACAUUUGCCUCCGAGAGUUACAAAAUUAUGACGGUCUCCAUGAGGACAUCCUUGUGAAUUGGAUGGCUUUUGAAGAAAUUCAUCGCCCGCUUUUCUCUGAAAGUAGAAAAAUCGACUUUCCUAACAACAGCUCUGUUUCCGCAAACUACAAUGGUGCGUUCUGCAAGGAUGUGCAGUUCGUCAAGACUUACGACAAAAAACCAACGGUAAUAAUCGCCGCAAAUCACAAUUCAGAUGGAAACAACCUAAAGUCAAAGUACAUAUCUGUAACCGCAUGGAUUGAGCAUAUCAAGACAUCAGAAUUUCGUAUUUGUCUCAAGGAGUUGUUUGCUGAUCAGCAUGACCCUGUUACUGUGUCUUACGUUGUCCUGGCGGACGUGUGUAAACCAGGCUGGUCAUACUUUUCUGGCUUUUGCUACUCCACAAGUGAGUCGUGCAAAAACUGGACUGAGGCGCAAAAAACCUGCCAAAAAUACAACACCAGCCUCAUCGCCGUAAAAAGUCAAGAAAUAAAUGUUUAUAUACAGCAGCGUUUAAAUGGAGAUAGAGGGUGGAUCGGAUUCAAUGACAGAGAUACCGAGGGUACAUUUGUUUGGGCUGAUAACCAGUCAAGCAACUUCACUUACUGGGCUCCACAUCAACCCAACGAUUUCCGACUGAACGAAGACUGCGUUCACACCUUGGGAGUUGCACAUAAAUUUACAUGGAAUGACGUAAAUUGCAAGAGCUGUCAUAAUUACACAUGUUCAGAAGACCUUGAUGAAUGCAAAGGAAAUUAUCAUGAUUGCGGCAAAAAUGGGAUUUGUACAAAUACGCAGGGAUCAUACAACUGCCACUGUGCCAGAGGGUAUAGCGGUGAUGGUCGGAGUUGUACAGACAAAGAUGAAUGUUCUUCAGGUCACAGAUGUCAUAGAAAUGCCACGUGUCAAAACACAAUUGGAUCGUAUACAUGUUCUUGUGUUAAUGGUUACACUGGCGAUGGAAUAAACUGCACAGAUGUCGAUGAAUGUACACUUAACAGUCAUAACUGUGAUGCCAACGCGCAAUGCAUCAACACUCCAGGAUCAUUCACGUGCCAGUGUAAUCAUUCGGCUCACUACUAUGGAAACGGGACGAACUGUCAUCCUUUCAGAGGACUCGCUGACUCGAAAAUCAUAGGUGGAGACACCAAACAAAUGUCCCAAUUACAUUCCUGGCUACAUUCCCGCUUGCAGAGUCAGGCUAACAGUUACUGGAGUCUGUGCUAUAGAGCCUCAAGUCAUGGAUGGAGCUCUUCAACAUUUCACAGCUAUUGUGAUCGCCGCGGACCCACAGUGACGAUUAUUCGUGCUCAUGGUUACAUAUUUGGCGGUUACACUGAUCAGUCAUGGAGAUAUUACCGCAGAUACAGUUACUAUUAUGGUUAUCUUUAUUAUGGACAGUACACUUCUUCAUCGAAAGCCUUCAUAUUUUCACUGAAGAACUAUUACGGAUAUGGAUACUUUAAAAAGGACAUUAGCCAACAUAACUAUGCAACAUACAAUCAUUAUAAUUAUGGUCCGACAUUCGGUGGGGGACAUGAUAUUUACGUAGCAAGUAACGCAAAUAGUAACUAUAAUUCUUACUUCAAUUGUCAAUCUUAUACCGGGAAAUACUGCAACAAUAAUGUCUGGACAGGAAGAAAAUAUUUCUGCGCAGAUGAGAUAGAGGUUUAUUAUGAAAGGACCAGUUAG